GGAGGGCGGCUCCGGGCAGCAGGUGAGCGCAGCAUCGGAGAGACGCAGAGCGGCGGCGGAGCGGUGCGGAGCGGAGCGGAGCCAUGGGCAAGCUGCAAGAAUUUGAUAUCACUUUCACCAACAACAAGGUGGUCUACGGUCCGGGGGAGUCUAUAAGCGGGACUGUGAAAAUCCGAACCGGGAACUCGCUGCAGUACAAAGCCAUCAAGGUGAACUGUCAGGGCUCAUGUGGGAUCUCCAACAAAAUGAAUGACGCCUCGUGGACUCUGGAGGAGCAGUACUUCAACAGCACGCUGUCUGUUGCUGACAAAGGAACUCUGGCGGCGGGCGAACACAGUUUCCCUUUCCAGUUUCUCAUCCCAGUUGCCGCCCCGACUUCCUUUGAGGGACCCUUUGGGAAGAUUAUUUACCGCGUGAGGGCGGCCAUCGACACGCCUCGCUUCUCCAAGGACUAUAAAGCCCAGAGGCCCUUCUACCUACUCAACCUGCUCAACCUCAAUGAGGUGCCUGACAUUGAGCAUUCAAGUUUCGCCGUGACCACGAAGAAGUUCAGCUACCUCCUGGUGAAGACGGGGACGCUGAUGCUGAAAGCUCGCAGCGACCUGAGAGGCUACAUCCCCGGUCAGGUCAUCAAGUUGGCCACCGAGAUCCACAACAAGUCUGGGAAAGACACCGGAUGUGUGCUGGCCAGUCUCAUACAGAAAGUGACCUAUAAGACCAAGCGGCCUGUGUUCGACCUGCGGACCAUCGCUGAGGUGGAGGGAGCCGGAGUGAAGGCAGGAAAACAUGCAGAGUGGAGGGAGCAGAUCAUCGUUCCUCCUCUUCCUCAGUCAGCUCUGGCCGGCUGCAGCCUCAUAGACAUCGACUAUUUCAUACAGGUGUCACUAAAGUCUCCAGACGCAGUCGUCACUCUGCCCAUCUACAUCGGCAACAUCGCCGUCAACUUGUCUCCGUCGAGGCCGAUGCCCACCAGUCCGGACCGCUCCGGGGCCUCCAUAGCUCCCAGUGCCACGGGGGUGACGCCCAGCGCCCCGCCAGCAGAAGAGGAUCCGGAUGAGGAGCUGUGCGCCGCCGGCAUCGCCAGCGAGGAGAUCCCCACCAAAAGCCACUCCCAGCAGGACCCCUCGGGCCAGCCGGUCACCAUGUCGCCCAGCGCCUUCAGCCACGCUCCGGGGGCGGCGCUGCCUCCCAGCCACCGGCGGCCCGACGCCUCGGCGCCGCUGUUCUGCGUCUCCACCGGAGCCACCAUACCGUUCUUCACCGAGGGGGACGUCACUCCAGUUCCCACCUCCUGUUCCCUCAUCCUCCCUCCGGAGUACAGCAGUUGGGAUUACCCUCAUGAGCCUCCACCUACUUACGAGGAAAGCUGCAGCAGCGCCAACUCCAGCUUCAACAGUCGGCAGUAGGGAAGAAACGGGCGGUGAAACAUCGUGGCCACGCCCACCUUCACCUGUCUGCACUCACCUGUCAGCACAUGUGGACGGAGGCGCGCUGAGGACGGACGAUAACUCCGCCCUCCAAAGAGCGCUUCUUUGUCCUCUAAUGAGAAAAAAAAGGGAUCAUAUCUUAUAACGAAUAUAAGAAUUUUAAUUUCACCUCAUGUCCCCGCAGGUAAAGUCAGACAGAACGGGUGAACAUCACUGUGCCUCAAAGAAGUAUUUUGGAUCGUUGUACAGCAUUUACAGUAGUCAUGACUGGACAUGUUUGAUUCUUAGUUGGGUAAAAUCAUUUUUUUAAAACAAUUUGUUGCAUCUGUGAUGCCUUGAAAAUCAUUUUAGCCCAAACAGACCUUUGAGUCUGGCCUUUGUUUUUUUGUGGUGUUGCUCCAAAUAAGUUCUUACUCGCGUGGUCCGGUUCUGAGUGUCGGUGUCUCGGCUGUCAUGUUCAUGCUGGAUAUCAGGAGGUGAACGUACAACCACAGCGGCUGGUUUAGUAGUAAAACCAGUUUAAACUCCUGUGUGCAGGAUGUUACUGUGAUUACUGCAUAUUGUUACAGCAAAGUCAGGAAGUGUUGAUAAAGGGUUCUUAGGGAAACCUCUCAGCUGUAUCACCGGUAAAACAAGAAGUUAAAUUAAAAUAAGAUAUAGAGAUCAUAUCUUUUUAAACAUCUUUAUUUAUUUUCUUGGCACUCAACCAGUCAUUACCGUUAUUGUGAAAUAUGUUUGUGCCUUGUGUUGGGAAGUUUAAACCUGAAUUCAAACUGUUUCAUCCCUCUGCUGCCACCUUGUGUCGGCUCGUACAGCUGAGAGGUUCCUCUUUGCAUUCAGAGGACGGUUUAUCUGCAGAUGAGCCUCAGUUUUUCCCGCAGCACGAGUUCCUCUGCCCUCCUGCGGUCAGAACUGGUACAAGCUUUAUCUCAACUCGGUCCUGAAACUGGAGCUCAACCAACAGUAAUCAGCCAUGCAAGCGAAUGAACUGCUCACCUGCUUCUGUGACGCACCAGCUGCUGUAUAAACUCACAUCCGUGUUUUCCUGCAGCUUCUCGCCCAGCAGAUCUGAU